ACACAGCCAAUGAAUCCUGUGGGACUUUCCAAAACAACAUAAACCCGGAAGUGCAGAGGAAAGUGAACAGACCUAUACAACCUUUCCCCAGUUUAUCACUUACACACAGAGAGAGAUGAACUUUCACUUUCUAUCCCGAAUGCAGAUUCCCCUCCACCUGCACACUGAACAUGACUCUAAACAUUCAGAGGAACUCCUGUUAUAACUCCUGUUAUAACCGCAUCCACAGAACACCGAGCGCGCGCGCAGACGCUCAGCCGCGGACUGCUUGUUUCCUGCUGCUGGUUGUGAUUCUGGGAGCUGAAACUUUAAUCACAGCCACACUGCUGUACAACUUCACCCGAGAACUACACACGACCACUGAAUCUCUCCACCAUGACGUCUUCCCCACGGAGUGUCUCCACCAACAUGGCCACGAUCCAGCAGCGAUGCACACCGCAGGUCUGGCAAGCUGCGACUUCAUGAUGCAAGAACUCCAGAACAGCGUGAAUACGAGACUCUUGCUGGACAUCCGCAACUCUUUAUGGCAGAGUUUAGGAGAGCACAAUAUCACACAGGUCUUCAAACCAGCGAUACAUAUCGGGGCAAAGCAGGAGCUCAAACAAUAUCACCAUCUGCAGAGAACAGGUGACUCCCAAGAUUCCCGACCCACGUUAGAGCGUCUAAACUGGGAGAUCCUGAUCGGACAGAGCACUCAGGAGGGACUGACGAUCCUCAGUCCUGAUGGAGAAGUUGUGGUUCCUCUGGAUGGGAUUUAUUUUGUCUACUCGCAGGUUAAUUUCAUAACCUUGCACCCGGGACCAGAGCUCCAGCUGGUCCAAUACUUGUUCAAGAGAACGGCAUCACACCCAGAGCUGAUGAUGCUUGGCAAAGCUGGAGUGAGUCGGCGUCUUGGUUCUGAGUCCAGUGUGGGUCUGUACUCCAGUCAUCAGGGGGCAUUGUUUCAGCUUGAGCAAGGCGACAGGCUUUCGCUGUACGUGAGCAACAUGGAUGCUGUUCUCCUUCAACCAGAGGCGACUUACUUUGGGGCAUUUAUAAUAGACUGACAGUUUAUACAGGAAUCUCAGGCAGUGUCCUUAUUUCCUUGCAUUCAAUGUAGCCCAAUGAUACAAAGCCUUUGGCUUGACCAAAAAAAAAAAGCCCCUGACUGGCAAGAGGUUCAAAUCCAGCCACUAAAUUGUAAUCCCACUUUUUUGAGAGACAAUGGCUCAAAAAUAGAAUUAGAGUAACACAACACAGAAAAUACUGACUUAAUGUUUAAAAUUUGAAACAAUUCUGUAGCAGUAAUUUCAACAGAUAUUGAGCAAACAUCAAGGUCAGCUGCCCUAAUAACACUAACCUGCGAACAAACUUCUUAGUAGACUAUCGAGCUCCUUAUAGAUAACAUUAACCAGUGAUAUUGAAACAGCUAGCUCACAUAAACUAACCAACUUUUAUCAAAUGCUCAACUGAUAAUGUUGAUCAAAUGAGAUAGCUAGCUUGACUUAACAGCUAAUUCUUGUAUUUCACUUAGUUUUAAAUCUAACAAAACUCUGAUUUGUAUUUUGUCAGGUCACUAAUUAUAUACUGUAUAACGUAAAUAAUUAUAGGACCACAGUAGACCUUUUAUUAAUUUUUUUAAAAUUAAAUAUUUAAAUGAGGAGAAAAACAAGCUGCUCAAAAGUAAGUGUCCCCAAGGCCUAAAUAAGGUUUUUAAUCUGUAAUAUAAAGGGAUUUUCCUUAAUAUAAUGGUGUUAUUUUAAAUAUUAAAAUCAUGAAAAGAAGGGGAAAAAAAAAAACAACCCACGAACAUAUUGCAUGCUACUUCAACAAGGUCAGUUUUUCCAAGAUCCAGGACAAUGCCAAAGUCUGUCUUAAAAAAAAAAAACCUUAAUUCAAAUUGUUUCAAUUUUCAAAUAAAAAAAAAAAAAUUCUGACACCAAACAUGCCCUGGCUGAGUGACUUAAUUUGGGUUUAGGAGGAACUAAAGCACUUUUCUUAAAAUAACAAAAAGACCAGGACCAAGCUCAAUACAACACUGAAUCCCGGACUUUUUAUUGUGAGCCGUUUUAUAAAUGCAGGUAUUUCAGACAAAAAUGAAUUCACUAUGUCUAUAUAAAAAAGUACAUGGGAUGAAAUACGAAAUUUGAAGGGGAAAAAAAAAAAAAAAAAAGAGAAGGGAUAUCACAUUAAUAUGGAAAAACAAAAGCUCUAUACAAAACCCCAUGAAGGGUACAACACAAUAAAUCUUCAAGAGAAAAAUCAUACCAAGGACUUUGUCUAAGCUUAAAAGAAACUUUGCACAGUUUUAAAAUGUGUUUGAUGAAACUAGCAAAUUCAUGAGUUGGACUUAAAAAUAUUGUACAGUAUGCAUGUGUUUAAAAAAAAAAAACAAUGACAAAAAAAAAAAAAACCUUGAGAGAAGUGCGCGUCCUGGGCUCUCAGAAUCUGCGCCGUUUGUAGUCAACAGGUGGGCCAGGACGUGGAAACGGCAGAGGAAGUCCACCUGCAUUUCCUCCAGUACCCUGUAAAGAUAGACAGAGAGAAAAAAACCCACAUGAGGCUAAGUCAGUAAGCCAUUUCCAGCAACAUCCCAAAUACAGGGGACAACCCCCUAAUAUUUUGUGAUCGUUAUUGGAUACUGUAUUUUAGAUAUUUAUGUGAAUUGCAACAUCAUACCUCAUUGGCAGCCAUGUUGGGUGAUCCUCCUGGUGCAGGGUUUCCUCCCAUUGAGGUCCUGUUCAUGGGAAGGCCUUGACCUUUAACACCAGAAUGAGUACAACCCAUUAAAAAAAAGGAUUUAAAAAAAUAAAUAAAUAAAAAACAAACAUUACAUAUGAACGAUAGUAGCAGCUGAAAUGAGACACAGCUGGGACAGAAUGAAAAAAUAAAUACAUGAACGAGUGAGGGAUGCACCGAUUCGGGAGGAAGAAAGUUAAAAAAAAAAAAAAAAAGACAUCCAUGUGAGAGCAGGAUGAAUUAAAAAAAAAAAAAAAAAACACCCAACCCAAGAGUCAAGGUGGGAAGGUGUAAAAGAAUAAGGAAGAAGUCAAAGAGGAAGCCAUACAACAAGUGAGAAUAAAGGAGGGAAGAUGUGAAAGGAUGAGUUACAUAACUGAGAAAGCAAGGUAUGAAAAAGAGGAAGAACUGUUUCGUGUCAGAUCAGUGUUGUGUCGUCGAGUCUCACCUCCCAUGUGCAUCCUCAUGUCCUGCUCCCUCUGCGACAAACAAAAACGAGUGUUAACACGGGGAGUAUGAGGAUGAGUAUAAAACUCUAAACGCGGUGAUUCACAUUUAAGCUCCGCGUCGAACAUCUUAAAACAUGAGAUUGCGUUUGAUUGACCACUAGGGGUCGCUGUGAUGCGAAAGAGUCAGAGGAUCGGCUGUGUAUUUUCUCUUCACAGCAAACCGCGUGCGCACAUACACACACCAAGUUAAUUUUUCACCAUGUAAAAAAUUCCCCACUAUUUGCUGUAAUAAGAAAUUACUAAUAUAUUGUGCGAAAUCAAUGCUCUUUUCCUGCAGCUAGUGCACUUAAAAACCUGCUACCUUAUUUGUGCAUUUUCUUCUCAUCUCUUAUUGUGCAGAGUAUACACCUGUGUGUGUGUGUACCUUUUCGCCAAAGUUUGCUCCAGUGCCCUGCUGUCUCCUCAUCAGCUCCUCGGUGUGAGCUCUGAUCUCCUCGUCCCUGCGGCGCCGCUCCUCCUCCUGACGCAGCUCCAGCUGCUUCCUCUUCUGCACCUCUUGGUUGUGCGCCUCCUCCAUACGCCUCAGCUCCUCCUGCCUCCUCAACAGAUCUGAGAGAGAGAGAGAGAGAGAGAGAGAGAGAGGAAAAAAAAUGUGAGAAACUCUAUGCGCCGAGUCACUAAGUGAAAGAUGGAGAGCUAAACAAGGGAAGUGAGGGAUGGAGUGAACAAGUGAUUCGGGAAAGAAAUAUAAAAAUGGGAUGAACAAGCAAAGAUAUGAAGCGCGUGUGUGUGUGUGUGUGUUUGGAAGGAAGGAGGUUGUGGGACUCACCCUGUCUCAUGAGCAUGACCUGAUGCUCGUGCCUGGCUGCCUCCAUCUCCUGCUCCAGUUUCUCCUGCGCCUCCUUGAUGUUCCUGUCCACCUGCUCAAACUGCUGCUUCUCCAUCUCCAUGAGAGCCUUCCAGCGCAUAGCAUACUCGUACUCGAACGAGCCGGGCUGGGCGAAGCGCGGGGGCUGCUCACGCUCCCUGACAACACACACAAUGAGAAAGACUUCAAUAUUACGAUCAAGUGCUCAGACAAGUGAAGUGUGUAUGUACACAUUUCAACAACUACAGCUAUUUUGGUAAAACAGAUUGGACCAGUUGGGCUAUCUGAAAUUGUGUGAGAGAGACUCACUUGUGGUACUGUGGGUUUUUGCUGACGAGCCUCUCUGGAAGUCCUUCAUCUUCAUCCAACUGCUCCAUCGGUUCCACUGUCACGGGCCGAGGAAACCUGGAAUUACACCAACAGCGUCACUUACACAUAACCGGGCCCGUGCCGAUACUGAAACUUUCAAAGAAAAGGUAACUCUGUUUAAUCAUAACUUCCCCCUCCUCAUACAGCAAAUCAAAAUGUUUACUUCAGAAGGAGGCAUCUCUCUCUUUCUCUCUGACAGAUUUAACCUUCCAUCAGAGAGGAAAUGUAUAAAAUAUUGCAGUGUCACUAACGAUGUAAGGAGGAAAGCUCCAUCAGUGCAGCGGUCCAGGGCUUUCCGGGCUGAAGGUUUGUUGGCGAACUCCACGAUGCCCUUCCCUGUGGGCCGGCCACGGUCGUCCACAAUCACAAUGGCGCGCUCGAUGGGGCCGAACAUGGAGAAGGACUCCUCCAGCAGCUCAUUGGAUACAAACUGAGGCAGGUUCUUCACAGAGAGCGCAGCACCAUGAGUGGCAAAGCGCACGCGGAUCGGACGGCCACGGAACAUUGUGUCAUCCAGCUCAGCUUUGGCGAUGUCCGCGAGGGUCUUAGUUUCCUGGAGACAUUGAUUUGUAAGUAAGUAAGUAAAUAAAUAAAUAAACUCCUUUGAGACUCACUA